CAGCUAUGCUAGGUCUAUAAUGGGCAGUGUCACAGUUCGGUAUUUCUGUUAUGGGUGCCUUUUUACAUCUGCGACCUGGACAGUUUUGCUUUUUGUUUAUUUCAACUUCAGUGAAGUGACUCAGCCAUUUAAGAAUGUGCCCAUCAAGGGGUCUGGGCCCCAUGGACCAUUUCCUAAAAAAUUCUAUCCUCGUUUCACUAGAGGUCCAAGUAAAAUAUUAGAUCCACAGUUGAAACCAAAUAAAAUUGAUGAUGUGAUAGAUAAUAAAGUUGAAGAUCCAGAAAAAGGCCGCCUGAAAUUCUCUUCUGAAUUGGGUAUGAUUUUCAACGAGCGGGACCAGGAGCUGAGAGACCUGGGCUAUCAGAAGCACGCCUUUAAUAUGCUCAUCAGUAACCGCCUGGGCUACCACAGAGACGUGCCUGACACGAGGCAUGCAGCAUGUAAAGAGAAGUCUUACCCAGCUGACCUGCCCGUAGCCAGUAUUGUUAUCUGUUUCUACAACGAAGCUUUUUCUGCCUUGCUCCGCACAGUGCACAGCGUGCUAGACCGCACGCCUGCCUCCCUGCUCCAUGAAAUCAUCCUCGUGGAUGACGACAGUGACUUUGAUGAUUUAAAAGGAGAACUAGAUGAGUAUGUGCAGAAGUACCUCCCUGAGAAAACUAAAGUGAUCAGAAAUACAAAGCGAGAGGGGCUGAUCCGUGGAAGGAUGAUCGGAGCAGCCCACGCUACAGGAGAAGUGCUCGUGUUCCUGGACAGCCACUGCGAGGUGAACGAGAUGUGGCUGCAGCCCCUGCUGGCCGCCAUCCUCGAGGACCCGCACACGGUGGUUACUCUUCUCUCACCAGCAAUCGAGAUACCUCAGUUGUGGGGCUCAAUCCACCCCCUGGUAUCCAGGGAACUGUUUCAUUAUAACCUAUUUUGUGUGUUCCAGUUAGCUGAAUUUUUCAAACAAGGAAUGGCUGAAACAGGCAUUCCUGUCCUUUCCAGGUCCCCAACGAUGGCCGGAGGGCUGUUUGCCAUGAACAGACAGUAUUUCAGUGAGCUCGGUCAGUACGACAGCGGCAUGGAUAUCUGGGGAGGAGAAAACCUGGAAAUAUCAUUUCGGAUCUGGAUGUGCGGCGGCCGGCUGUUCAUCAUCCCGUGCUCCCGGGUCGGACACAUCUUCCGCAAGCGGCGGCCCUACGGCUCUCCCGAGGGCCAGGACACCAUGACGCACAACUCGCUGCGGCUGGCGCACGUCUGGCUGGACGAGUACAAGGAACAGUACUUCUCCCUAAGACCCGACCUCAAGACCAGAAGCUACGGGAACAUCAGCGAGCGCGUGGAGCUGAGGAAGAAGCUGGGCUGCCAGUCGUUCAGAUGGUACCUGGACAACGUGUACCCGGAAAUGCAGGUCCGGGGCCCCAACGCCAGAGCCCAGCAGCCGGCCUUCGUGCACAGAGGGCCCAAGCGCCCCCGGGUCCUGCAGCGCGGGCGGCUCUAUCACUUUCAGACCAACAAAUGUCUGGUGGCCCAGGGCCGCCCGAGCCAGAAGGGAGGCCUCGUGGUGCUCAAGGCCUGCGACUACGGAGACCCCGCUCAGGUCUGGACUUACAACGACGAGCACGAACUGGUUUUAAAUAACCUCCUUUGUCUGGACGUGUCGGAGACGCGCUCCUCAGACCCCCCCCGCCUCAUGAAGUGCCACGGGUCGGGAGGCUCGCAGCAGUGGACCUUCGGGAAAAAUAACCGGCUGUACCAGGUGUCGGUGGGACAGUGCCUGAAGGUGGUGGACCCCCUGGGCCACAAGGGCUCUGUCGCUAUGGCGAUCUGCGAUGGCUCCGCCUCCCAGCAGUGGCACCUGGAGGGUUAGGGGCCGUGCCCUGCCCCUGCCUGGAUGGAGACGUCAGGUCCUUCCCGAGCUGCUGCAGGGAAUCCCUCCCUCCCGGAGGGGGGCCGGAAAAUCAUCGGGUUCCGAAGGGUUGGAUUUGUACGGAAGGCCAAAGCCGGGAAGUGGACAUUUCUGUUCCUAUUUAUUUAUGCCUCUUUCUAGUCCCCUUGCUGAUGGCGUGGUUUUAAUCGGAUCAGGAACUUGUAAUUUGCUUUCUUAGAAGACUUAAUUUGACACUUUUUUUCUAUUAUGUUCUAAAUAAUUUAAAAAAUGGUUGAUCCACAUUAAACGUCAUGACACAUCAUAAUGUUAGGAGGCACCUGCUGUAAAUUGAUGACUUACGGCUCUGUCUACGUUCAGAAUAAAAGGUCCUGUUGGUCAUUGG